GCAGAGAGUGAGCUGGUGUCUUUGCAAGCAUUUACAUCAGCAUCGUUUCAGAGAAAUCUCUGCUGCCACAGCUCUUGUCAGCUAGGGAGAAGGAUGCACAAGGCAGAUCAAGGGAUGGAGAAAGAAACAGGCUGUUACAGUGGGAAGUACCUCAGCAGCAUUUUUUUAAGGUACAGUGAUUGAUUUCCACUGUGUACCUCAGCAGUAGGAGCUAAACCAGGAUUCCAUCCUCAGACCCCAAAGCAGCAGACAGCUGCAUCAGGAAAUACUCUGAUUCAGGGUGGGUUUGUGACUGAUGAAAGACAAGAACGCUUUUUAAAUGGAAAGGAUUCAAAACAUCUAAACUUCCUGACAUCACAGCAACAUCUUCUGGACUACGGGGCAGCUUUUUACCUCAUUUUCAAGUCACUGUUUUCUGGCCACAUUUCCCUUUCUUUGAAGGAUGGGUGAUGGGCCUGUGACUGACUCUGCCCGCCUGCAUCGUCCCACCCUUCAAUGGAGCCAAUGUGGAACUCCUCCCACACACCUCCACAGCCUACAUCCAACAUGUCUGCCUCCUCUCUGCCUGAAGGCUGGGCUCUGUCCCAGUCGCUAGCCCUACUGGCGAUGCUGCUCAUGGAUCUGUUGGCUGUGGUGGGUAACGUGGCUGUCAUGGCGGUCAUUGCCAAGGCCCCGCAGCUCCACAAGUUUGCCUUUGUCUUCCACCUGUGCGUGGUGGACCUUCUGGCAGCCCUGGUGCUGAUGCCCCUUGGCAUGCUCUCGAGCCGCGCCUUCUUCGGGGAGGCCCUGUGCAGGAGCUACCUCUUUCUCAGUGUGUGCCUAGUCAGUGCUGCCAUCCUCUCUAUCUCUGUCAUCAAUGUGGAGCGUUAUUACUACAUCAUACAUCCGAUGCGUUAUGAAGUGAAGAUGACCAUUGGCCUGGUAGCUUCGGUGCUUGUAGGGAUAUGGGUAAAAGCUCUGGCCAUGUCUGCUCUGCCACUGCUCGCUUGGUUCCUGCAGGGUGGAAAAACUCCUCUUUUGGAGAGUAGCGGGGUUGAGGGAGGGGGUGGCAGUGCCGUGCCACCUCCCCCGGCUCAGGGUCACAGGCGCUGCUCACUGCACUGGACAGGGGGAGGGUCAAACCGUUUGGCCUUCAUGGUCCUCUUCACUCUGGUGUAUUUUCUGUGCCCACUGCUGGUGAUUCUCGUUGUCUACUGCAACAUGUUUAAAGUGGCCCGGGUGGCUGCCAUGCACCAUGGCCCACUGCCCACGUGGAUGGACACACCUCGCCGCCAGCGGUCAGAGUCACUCAGCAGCCGUUCUACAAUGGUUACCAGCUCCGGGACAGGUACUGGAACUGGCAGAGGAACUCCACAACGCCCUUUUGGAGGAGGGAAGGCUGCAGCAGUGUUGGCAGCAGUGGGUGGGCAAUUCCUUUGUUGCUGGCUGCCCUACUUUACUUUCCACCUGUAUUCAGCACUGGCUGCCAGCCCUCCAGCCACACUGGCCUCUCUGGAGGAAGUGGUCACCUGGAUUGGCUACUUCUGCUUCACCUCCAAUCCCUUCUUCUACGGCUGUCUGAACAGACAGAUCCGAGAGGAGCUGGGGAAGCAUCUGCCUUGCCUGUUUCGUCGAGCGGGGAUCGAGGUGGAGGACAGACUGCCCAGCCGUGAAGGAUCCAUAGAGGAAAAUUUCCUUCAGUUUCUUCAGGGCACCGGCUGCAACUUGGAUCCUCAAAACUCUCACAGCACUUCCAGUCCUAAGGGUGAGGCCUGCUGCCCUGUGGCUCAGCCACAGCCAGCCGAGCCGGCACAUGCCAUACCCAUUGAUUUCCGUAUCCCAGGACAAAUUGCAGAGGAGACUUCAGAGUUUAUUGAGAUUGAACAGGCGAAAAACAACCAUAUAUAUACAGACAGCUGACUUUUCAAUGUCUCUAUAUUUU